GGCCACCGUCGGGAGGCUUCGCCGGGGCUCGGGAGCUGGACGCCGUCUCGCUGGGCCUUUCCGCCAGUGCGCGAGCCCCUUGACUUUCCCUGGGUCGCAAUGGAUCCUUCUCCCGGGCGCCAUUCCGCCUGUCCGUGUGUCUCCGGACCUCCCUUCCCGUCUGGCAACCCUAAGCAUCUAGAGACAACAGUGGACUUGGGGACCAGCAAACACCCCUAGGGCACAAGAGGAGUUCCUGCUGCCUCACCCUGCUUUGCACCAGGCCCGGCGACCCCCAGCUACAUUAAGUGGAAGAGAAGAAGGAGGAGGAGGAGCUGGGUGGCACCAUGGGCCCGGGCCGUGCCCUCCAUGCCCGGGGGAUGAAGACACUGCUGCCAUGGACAGCCCGUGCCAGCCGCAGGCCCUGAGUCAGUCUCUCUCUCAGUUGCCAGUGUCUGUGUCAGAGCCCUUGGAGCCUAGCCGGUCCAGGAUGGGGGUGGAGAGUUACCUGUCCUGUUCCCUGCUUCCCUCCUGCCACCAUCCAGGAGUGUCUGGUGAAGCCUCAGCGGGGAGUGGGACCCUCAGAGCUGCAGCCACCUCUACCACUGCCAGCCCCCUGCGGGAGGGUUUUGGUGGUCAGGAUGGUGGUGAGCUGUGGCCAUUGCAGAGUGAAGGUGCUGCGGCGCUGGUCACUAAGGAGUGCCAGCGACUGGCAGCUCAGGGUGCCCGACCUGAAGCCCCAAAACGAAAGUGGGCAGAGGAUGGUGGGGAUGCCCCUUCACCUGCCAAGCGGUCUUGGGCUAGGCAAGAGAACCAGGAGGCAGAAGGGGAGGGUGGCAUGGGCAGUGGUAGUGGCAGCGGCAGUGGCAGUGGAAGCAGCAGUAGUGGUGAAGUUAGUGCUAGGUUGAGGGAGGAAGCCCUGCCUUCUGCACCUGAACGCUUGGCCCUGGACUAUAUCGUGCCUUGUAUGCGGUACUACGGCAUCUGCGUCAAGGACAACUUUUUGGGAGCAGCACUGGGUGGCCGUGUGCUGGCCGAGGUGGAGGCUCUGAGGUGGGGUGGGCGCCUGCGUGAUGGGCAGCUAGUGAGUCAACGGGCCAUCCCACCGCGUAGCAUUCGUGGGGACCAGAUUGCCUGGGUGGAAGGUCAUGAGCCAGGCUGCUGGAGCAUCGGUGCCCUCAUGGCUCACGUGGACACAGUAAUCCGCCAUUGUGCUGGGCGGCUGGGCAACUAUGUCAUCAACGGGCGCACCAAGGCCAUGGUGGCGUGUUACCCAGGCAAUGGACUGGGGUACGUGAGGCAUGUUGACAAUCCCCACGGCGAUGGGCGCUGCAUCACCUGUAUCUAUUACCUGAAUCAGAACUGGGAUGUUAAGGUGCAUGGUGGCCUUCUGCAGAUCUUUCCUGAGGGCCGGCCUGUGGUAGCCAACAUUGAGCCACUCUUUGACCGGUUGCUCAUUUUCUGGUCUGACCGAAGGAACCCUCAUGAAGUGAAGCCAGCCUAUGCCACCAGGUAUGCCAUCACUGUCUGGUAUUUUGAUGCCAAGGAGCGGGCAGCAGCCAAAGACAAGUAUCAACUAGCGUGUGGACAGAAAGGUGUCCAGGUUCCUGUAUCACAGCCGACCACACCCACCUAGUGGCCAGUCCCAGAGCUGCAUGGACCGACUGCUCACCCGACUUCAGGAGAGCCCUGGGCCCCCAGCAGCCUGCCAGUCUGGGUGCCUGCUCCUUU